AUGACGACGACGACGAUCGUCUUCUCCGAAGAGGAGGAUCCAUACAGGUGGGGUUGUCGGGACGGGCACGGCGGAGUCGACGAGGAGACGGCGGCCGCGAUGAUGCAGGCUAUCCUUGACAAUAUGGUCGCUACACUACCAUAUAGAAGGGAGGGCUGGUGGACGGUGAUGGGGACAACGGUAGCCGGUUUGCCGCGGUUUGUGGUUCUCCGAUCAAGGAGAGCCAACAGGUUUGGCGUGUGGUGGGUCACUGCCACGGCGGACAACCCCAACGAGGACACCUCCAGAGUCGGCGAGUGCACGCUCUUCGAGCACGUGUUCGUCGGCAACCAGAUCAACACCGUGUGGUUCCGUUACGUGCCCAACCAACGCCGUCUCACCUGGUUCAACAACCCCGCCCAUCCGUACCUUUAUCGUCUGUCAUUAGUCUACAGCGCGAAUCCCCUCUACGGCGACUUUUACGAGUUCGCGCCAUGGGAGUCGUACGAGGACAGGAUGAGGGCCAAACACUACCAGAUCCAGACCCGUGACAUGGAGAUACAGAGGUUGACUGCCCAGGUCGCCGCCAGAGACGAGGAGCUCCGCAACCUGCGCCGCCAGCUCGCCCACAAAGACGAGGUCAUCCUUGACCUUAAGGGCCGGGUGGCGGCUCUCAAGGCCUACCUGGAGAAAAGGAAGGCCAAACUGGAGUAUGGAAUGCUGACUCUGCACUCCACCGUCACAUCCGCUUGGGAGUCGUUCCAGCUGAACGUCGCCUGUGGAAUCGUAAGAAUUGCAGCUGGUUUCGAACAGAUACUCACACUGCCAGCGACAUGA